AUGAGCACAUGGCUAUUCCGCCAUUGGCGAUUGCUUUUCCACUUUGCCUUGACCUUGCGGACGUUGGCGGUCGAUGCUGGAGAUCUUAAGGUGCUGUUCUUCCAGAAUACCUUGCAAAGCAAUGACUGGAAAGACGGCUUCAGCUACUUCACAGAGUUUGUCAUGGGUGGCCUUGCGAUUUCUGGUAGGAGCUACACUUUGGAGGUGCUUCAUUGCAAUGAUACCUUAGAUGCAGCUCCAAGAAUACAGAGAUGUGUGGAUAUGGCACAGACGGAGAGCGUGGAUGCUCUUGUGGUCGGUUCGUCCAGCUGGAACAAGGAGAUCAAAUCUGCAGCUGAACCCUACGGUAUUCCCAACUUGCAUUGCUCAGGUGGUAACCCAGCCAUUUGGACUCCGGUGAGUGACUUCGGUUUCGGCUUCCAUUUGCCGUUCACAUGGUAUCCCGAGCAGGCCAUACGGCAGGCGGUCCUUGAGAAUUUGCGGUCUGCGGUAAUCAUUCGCGACUCGGAGGACGCGUUCCUGGGCAGCGCCGCCCGAGCCGCCGCCGAGAGCCUCUUCCGCUCCUCGGGCGUGGUGGGGCAGCUCCGUGUGGUGGGGCCCAGCCUUGAGUGGUGUGACCGUUGGCAGAACGUCACCAGCUGCUCAGUACAGCAGGGGCGCUGCUGCUGUGGUGAUGAGGUCGAGACUGCGACUUGGCUCAGCUUCUAUGAAGUGGCUGAGAGCAAGGUGGUAGAACCUGGCUUUGACUCCGGCGCUCAGUUUGUGUCCCCUGCGUUGGUGAGCUUUGUGGAAGGGAUCAUUGAGGACGUUCGUUCCCAGGGUGAGGAUCCUGAGAUGGUGUUGAACUUUCUGAGAGCCUCCCGGAGUGGGAUGGCAGCCAUGAUCAACAAGAAGUUCAGCUACAAGAUGUACUACGGCGGGCCUAAUGUGCCUGGGAAUGCUUCGAAUGGCUAUGAGUCCUACUGGCCCAAUGGCAGCCGGGCUUUUGGCUUUGAGGAAAGCGUUUAUAACGUGGGCGCCGGUCAAUGGCACCACUUGCUGAACUUUUCGGACCCCAUCUUUGGAAGCUCCAGAGCCAUGGUCUCAGGAUACAGAGUCAAGUACGGCCAUGUGCCCAGCUACGAUUCUGCAGCCUGCAUUGCUGCUGGAGUGGCCCUGAUGACCUCGGCUCUGGAGAACGGCUCAUGGUCGGGGCUCACGACGAUGGAGCGUCGGGAGUGGAUCCGAAGCUCCCUAGGUCGUUUUCAAGAUGAGACGGUCUUCGGCCGGAUCCGCUUCGACCGCAACAACCAGAACAUUGGCCGAGCUAUUGUGAGUUGGCAGGUGCUCGAGGACGGUGAAGCAAGGCCAGUGUUGCCAACGGAGUUGGUCCAGGAGAGAUUUCGUAGCCCAAGUCCCAGCUGGGAGGUCCGAGGUGGUUGUCCUCCUGGAAGCUGGGCUGGGCCACGCGGCAACCUUCCGACCAAGUGUUUGCCCUGCCAGGAGGGGCGGUUUCGCUCUACAGGGACUUCGCCUUUGAACUUUUCGGAAUGUGAGCUGUGCCCAGCUGGUCGUGGGGUUCUACCUGGCCACGGGCCUGGGCCCCUGGUCGAGUGCCCGCCUUGCGGGGCUGGGAGAUACCAAGAUGGAGUCUCUGAUGGAGGCACAUGUCGAAAGUGUCCAUUGGGCACAUUCCGUGCAGCCAAUAGCAGCAGCGGCUGUGUGCGAUGCACAGCUCAAAGUUAUGGGGAUGAGUUGGGCCUGGAGGCAUGCAAGCCGUGCCCCUUUGGAAGUUCGCAAUGGGAACUUGGUCAGCAGUACUGCCUUUGCGAGGUGGGCUUCUUCAAGAAUCCCAUGGAUCAAGCACCCGCAGGUACCGUUCAGGCUUGCUUGGCAUGUGAUGAGGUCCUCCCUGGUGGCACCACCCUGCACUUGGGCGCAUCACAACGUGAGUGUGUAUGUCCUCCAGGGAGCUACUGGCAUCGAGUGAAUGAAAACAGCAGCGCUUUCUGCAAGAACUGUUCGCGCGGCUUAGUGUGCCUGGGUGGUUUCGAUCUCUCCAACGGCAGCAGCAAGCAUCAGGCUCCUUUGCAAGCAAGGGGCUUUGCAGCGGGCGCUGCUCUAUAUGAUGGUGGGGAUCCCUCCUAUGUGGUUCAAUGUGGCGACAACUCCCGCUGCCCGGGGGGGCUUCCAUUGGGAGAGUGCAUGCCGAACUCCUUUGGCUUCGCAUGCAUCAAUUGUGCGCCGGGUUAUUUCGAUGACAAGGGCUUUUGCCGCAGCUGUUCUGAGACUCGGAUGUGUUUCGAUUCCCGAGUGGCUCUGUUUAAGGAGUGGUCAGGUAUUUCAGGCAUGAUGAACUGUUUUUGUAAAGGCAUGUAUGCUGUAUGCAGGUGGAUCAUGGUGGAUCUUCAAGCAUGA